UGUGACGCCCCGCCUGCGGGUGACAACGUUGUUAAAUCGUCUCUGUGUUUGUAGAUCCUUUGCACCGAGUGCUGGUCGUCGAAAUUCCAGCUCCGACCGCGUGGGGCGAGACACUUCGGCAUCUCCUCGCGAUAAAGGACCUGGGGUGAAAAAAUAAAUUGUUAAAAGAAAGAAAACAAAUAUUUAAAAAAAAUUGUAUACACUCUUGUAUACAACACCGACUCCAAAUUCGCCUUGAGCAAGUGUUCGCUAGGAGCCGAAGCCAAUAGCAUCAUGUCACACAGCCGAAGAAGCCGAAGUGGUUCUCCACCAUCUUACGGCACCAACAGCAAUGACCCCCGUGACCUGGAGAGAAGGAUUUUUGUCGGCAAUUUGCCCACUGCACAUAUGGCGAAGAAGGAUAUGGAAGACCUGUUCAGGCCAUAUGGGAAAAUACAGGCCUUGUCCCUGUUUCGUGGGUAUGGAUUUGUGCAGUUUGAAAGGACAGAAGAUGCUGAGGCAGCUAAAGCAGGACAUAAUGGUCGGAUUUAUAGAGGUUAUAAACUAGAUGUAAAUAUGGCAGCGGAGAGACGACAGAAACCCAGGUCAAGUCCUCCACGCAGGCCUGCUGGUUAUGGAGAUAGUAGGGAGCCCCGUCCUCGUUCUCGAUCCCCAGUGCAGGGUCGAGACUCCCGCGACAACAGGGAUGGCAGAGACUUGAGGGAACCUAGUCGAGAACCAAGGCCUGCACCACUGCGAGACAACGACGAUGAGCGCUACAGGAGUGCAGAUGGAAGGGAUAAAGAUGCGCGAGAUGCUCCUUACAGAAAUGAUGGAUAUGACCGUUUAUACCGUGGUGAAUAUGAACAGUACCGCAAGAAAGAUGAUCCUUACGCUGACCGCUACAGGGAGAACUGGAGUGGCAGGAGAGAGCCAGAAGAGGAGCGAAUACGGCCCGAGGAGCGCAGGAGGAAUGAGCUGUACCGUCAGUACUAUGAAGAGCUUCAGAGGCGGUACGAUGCUGAGAGACCUGUAGACUGCUCUGUCAUCGUGGUCAAUAAGCAGCAGAAAGAGUAUGCCGAAAUGGUAGGGAGGAAGGUGCGAGAUCUGGGCAUGGUGGUGGACCUCAUCUUCCUCAACACAGAGGUGUCCCUGACCCAGGCUCUGGAGGACGUGAGCCGGGCUCGCACACCCUUCGCCAUCAUCAUUACCCAGCAGCAUGAAGUGCAUCGCUCCUGCACAGUCAACAUUCUCUUUGGCACACCACAGGAACACAGAAACAUGCCCAUGCAGGAUGCUAUGGUUUUAGUGGCUCACAACUAUGACACCUUUAAGAUCGAGAACCGUGCCAAGGAGCGGGAUGAGAUCUCAAGAAAAGCUGCAAAGAUGGCAGAUGAGGUGUUGAUGAGAGAGCAUGACAGACAAGGCCACCCAGUCUCAGUAUUGACUGCUAUCACACUGCUGUCGGAAGGCAGGUUCCUGACUCCUCAAGAGUUAACAGUACUCAUUAACUAUCUGCAAGAUAAGCGUGAUCGUGUUGUCCGAGGUAGCACAGACCCUCACCUUGGGUCCCAUCAGUCCUCUGCAGCAGUCACUCAUGAGACCCCUAAGCCCACCCAGGCUCUUGCCCCCGUAUCCCAUCAGACACACCCAUCCACACACACUAUGCACAGCUCCCACCUUCCUGCUGCCUCUGUUACCACCACCACCAACCAACAGCAAGAGCUGCAGGCUAAAAUUCUCAGCCUCUUCAACAGCGGUUCAGGCUCCUCGGUGUCUCAGAGCCAGGCAGCCGUGUCCCAGCCUCAGGGCUACGGACCCACACAGGGCUCCAGCCUCUCCUCCUCCACUCUGUCCAACUUGGCCAUGUCUGCUCAUGACUCUCAGGACAUGAUGAGUCCUCGCAUGGGCAUUAGGCCCCCUGCUAACCGUGUAGCAGCAGCACCUCAGCAGCUCCAGAGAGCUGGAACUGGGAUUAACUUCGACAACCCUAGUGUGCAGAAAGCCCUCGACACACUCAUCCAGAGUGGACCUGCCAUUAACCAGCUGGUCAAUUCAGCUAGCCUACCAGCCAGAUCAGGCCAGGGAGUGGGCCAAGGAAUGAACCAAGGAUUAAGCCAGGGACAUGGGCAAGGAAUGAGCCAAGGAUUAAGCCAGGGUCAUGGGCAAGGAAUGAGCCAAGGUUAUAGCCAGGGAAUGGGACAAGGAAUGAGCCAAGGUAUGGGACAGGGGCUGAACCAAGGUAUGGGACAGGGGCUGAACCAAGGUAUGGGACAGGGGCUGAACCAAGGUAUGGGACAAGGGCUGAACCAAGGUAUGGGACAGGGGCUGAACCAAGGUAUGGGACAGGGGCUGAACCAAGGUAUGGGACAGGGGAUGGGGCAAGGGUCUCACUACCAACGUCACUUCUGAAACGCAUCCAGGCAGGCCUCUCAAAGACAUUUGUGAUUCUCAAUUGAAUUCUUUAAAAAGCAGUUCCCUUAAAUUUCCUAAGCAUUUGUUUUAUUUCUUACUUUGUGAAUGUUUUGAUGGUUAAUUGUUUGGAUAUCUGAAAGUUAAUUACUUUCGAUUUUCCUUUUGGACCAGAAGGAAAUGGUGAUGGAUAUAAAUCACUCAUGAAGAAUUUGCUGGUCUGGCCAGAUAGUUUUGGAUAUUUUCCCUUGUGGUAUUUUAUAUAAAGUGUCAUUUUGUACAUAAUGAAUUGCAAUUCAAUAAAUGAUGGACACAAAAUUAUUUGUUUCUUGGUCCUACAUUAAAAGCACGAGCACUGAAAAGAAGACUUUGUACACAUCAGUAAUAAAAUGGUAUUAGUUUAUUGCAUUUUGUGCUGACGAAUCUAUAAAAUGGAAUGGGGAAACUGCCAGAAGCUAUAGAGAUAAAGCAUUUGAAAUGUAAAACUACAUUUGCCUUUUUUUUCCUUUUUCUUUUGUACCAUGAAACACAAUAUAUAAUAUUUAUUUCUUUAAAAUAUUGAAGUUACACUUACACAAAAAAUAAACACUUCAACACUAAUCAUAUCUUUAUGUACAGAAACCCUUUCCACCCUGGCCCAUGGUCCCUAAUGCUUUUAGUGCAUACGUAUAUGUCUGCACACAUGCAUACACGCGUACAUACAUGAGAAACAGUGGAACACAGUUUGUCAUAAGUGUUAGCAAGGGGAAAAAAUCUGUAAAACAUCUACAUACUCAUGUAAUUUUUUUUUUUCCUAUAUCCAUUCUCUUCCAAACAUUUACACAAAAUGGUUUGCACAUUGUUCAUGAAUUAAAAAACAAGCUUGAAGAACCGUCUGCUCAUGUUAUGAGUCCUGUUUCAUCUUCCGCACACUUUUGAUGCACGUUUUGAAUGAUUGCUGUCUAAGGCUUAGGCCAGGCCAAACAAUUUAUUUAAAAAAAAAAACAAAAGAGAGCGAGACCUUUUGUAAUCAAUUGGAUAUUUCCCAUAACCAUUUACACAUCUGAGAUUUAAAUUGUUUUAAACUGUAGUUAGUGGCAGGUCACUGUGAAUGAGGAUUAGUUUGUUCACCAGUGGUGGGGUUUCAACAGAUCUGGUUCAGGGUUGUUCCAUGGACCAUAACAUUUUUACAGUGAACAGGUUUUAAUGGUUUGAACAAGGUUGAAAAAGGCAUCUGGCUUAACACUUGUCCUAACAUUUCUACAUUUCCAAGCUGAGCUUUCCAGCAAUGCAUCAUACAGAUAAAACACACCAUGUGUAUUUUGGGGCUCAGUUCAUGUAUAGCUGCCAAUUGGUGUUUCUGUUUAAGGCAUAAGUAGAAAUGUGUAGAAUUAAGUUGGUGUGACCUCUGGCUGAAUCGGCCCAUCAAGCUUCUUUUUAAUUCGAAACAGAAUAAUAUAUAUUUAUAUAGAUAUAUGUCUAAGUUAACUUAAAUAUACUUUGGUAAUCUUUUUUUUUUCCCUUCUAUGUUAAUAAGUUAUCUCUGUAUUCAUAGUCAUAAAGUAAAAUAACUAUAACUAUAUUGAAACUAUAAUAAAAAAUGGACUCGGGUACCCAAUACACUCAUUCACUCUACAUAGCCUACUGAUAUACCCAAAUAAAGCAUUUGUGUACAAUAUGGUACAUCACGCGACUUGUAAAAAUAACGGAUCAGCGAUUAAACAAAUCAAAAUAAACUGAGUGAAUGUAAUACUGAGAACCACAAAACAUUUAAAUAUAUAUUGAGUUAUAUCAACUUGAUCAGGAUAACGUGCAUGCGAAGCUGGGCUCUGGCUCUGUUAGAAUACCCAUGGCUGGACAUCACAACACCUAUAGCGUUAAAAUCUAACGGCUGCAUCUUAGCGGUUCGCUUUUCUUUAGAAUAAGCUCUCGGGUUGAAAUUUUGGAACAGAUUUUGCAAAACCUACUUCUUAUGAACUGUCAAAUGACCAAGGAAUUAUCUAACCAGUACAGAUCAUGGAUUUUAACCAGUUGAGUUUGCUGUAGUCACAAAUAUCCUGAUUCUCUCUCAGUAAGAUGUUUGUGUGUAUGUUUGAUUCAGUGAGACACCAUUCAGUCUGAGCAUAAUGACUGAUAUUUCAUGUUGCUUAAAUUUUGAUGUAUUUUCCAUCUAUGUCUCCAAGUGCCGCUCCCACAAAACCAAAAUGAUGUGGCCACAAAUGAUGUGAAUGAAUUUGCUGGAAGCCAUAUUGAUAUGACAUUCCCAGAAAAUUAGACCAACCAUCAUAAACACAGCAGAUUGGUGUAACCAAUAUUUUCCCAGGAUAAUGCCAGGAUAUAUUAAUUAGGGGCUAAUACGUUAACAAAAAAAGAAGCUGUCUCGGUAAAGGAAUGUCUGAUCCAUGUCGCACUUCAAAACCAAAUAUAGAUUGUUAUCUGGAGCCCUUUAUAUUAAUAAGAUGACCAAAAAAAAUCUCUUAAAAGCUCUCUGUGAAGAACAGGGUCACUCUCUGAACAACUUGUGGAAUGUUUGAUUCAUCACUUGCUACAUAUUAGCAAGUUUCUUCUCUAAAAUUCUCUGAUAAAAUGAAAGAGCGAGGGAGAGGUGGAGAAGGAGGACAUUUUGUCCACUGUCUAUUUUAACAGAGCCAGGCCCAGUAGUGGAAGCGCUUGUUUAUAGUCUUUGAUCAAUAAUCAUAUGUCUACUGCGAUCACAUUUUAAUACAGUGCUUGGGUUAGAAUGGCAGGUGAUGAAGGAGUUUUUGUGUGUGUGUGUGUGUGUGUGUGUGAUUGGGGGAGUGUAGGCUAGGGCAGCAGGUGAAGCAUGGGAAGGAGUCACUGCAUUGAUUCUGCAUUAAAAUAUAGUUUGAACAGGUGUCUUAUACUGUGAAGAAUCCAAACAAAAGAGCUAUUGAUCCGGGAUCAUUGCAAAAAGAAAUAUACCCCUAGGUUCAUGCAGGAAAGUGAAAACCGUCUCGAUCAGGUAGUAUGUAACUGCAGACAACGUAUUCUGUCUGUUCUGCAACCGUGAAUAACUGUCGCUUCCUCAUGACCGCACUCUACACACUCUUGCCACUAGAGGAAGCUGAAACUCUGAAAGGAUCCAGCAUGCUCAGACAGUAAAGCUGCCCCGAAUGACAUCAUCAUCGUCAUCGUCAUCGCAGGAAAGAACGUCAACCCUGUAUAAAGUGCAUUUCUGUCUCAGCCACCAUAGAACAGAUGUGACGUACACUCCUCUAGCAUACAAAGAGCGCUGAUGAACACCAUGGCCUAUAGGACUAUGAAUAUAGCAGACAAAAAGUAUUCUCACAUGCAUACAAAACGUCAACCAGCAAGAGAAACAGUGUUGCACAUAAUCUCUGAAAAGAAGUGAAUGAAUCCAUAAGCACUGUUUUGUACUAAAAGCAAUCUCACGU